AUGUGCCAUAUGAGUUUCCAGGAUAAAGAGAAAACCAAAACGCGGAGGUCGUUAAAAUUAACAAAUUCCUAUGGGUCGUUUGGGUCGAUGUACCUACACAGUGAACACCUCCUACGUGGAAGACUACUUCGACUACGAGCCAGGCCGGCUGGCUAUGGGUUUACGAUAGACUUCGUGGAACCGCUCAACGGGGGUUUGCAGGCCCUAACAGCAAUUAGUCAAGCCGUGAAAUUAUGUCGAAAAUGCCUCAUCGUGAGAGAGUUUUCUUUUUUGCCUUUUACUCAUUUCGCCAAGUUUCGUCGUCGAGAGAAAGGAAGGCAGUUGCCUUUUGUUCCGUUUGACAGGUCGGCGUGUGAUAAGUCUGAAAAUGACACCGGAUUUUGUCGAGAGCUUUUACCGCGAUGCGACCGGCCGUUGCCGCGUACGAAAAACGCGGACCAGAACGAGCUUGUGAACUAUAUAAGCUCAUUGGGCGCCGACCGGAUGCCCGGCCAACGUAACAAUCGAUACGGAAUCCCCGACCAAUCCCAGCCUACUUCAAGCCUGCCUUCUUUUGUCUUUACGGAGACAAUGGAGGAGCGAUCGCUUUGUUUUUCUCAAUGACUCUAUUUAGCUUUCUUCAAAUCUAUUGCUGUUUACAUUGGCGUAAACAGGCCGGCUAAUUACAUUAAAACUUUUUUUUUGCAUCAGCUGGACAACACGUGCUUCACGAACGCGAACUACUUGGUCGAAAUGUGCCUAACUGCAAUGUACCUAAUAAGAAAAACAUAGGUACCCUACAUAAAACCACAAAAUGAUCCUAAGGGAUGCACAGUCACGAGUACUACAGUAAA